AGUGGAGCUUGGGUUUCACGUGCUUAAGUUUGACAAGGUUUUUUCCUUUCUCCUUGCAGGUGAGAAGGGUGAAAUGGGAGAGAAAGGUUAUCCUGGAGCAGUUGGGAAGGAAGGAGAAAGAGGGCUACGUGGCCUGAAUGGACGGAAGGGGCAGAAAGGCCAGCCUGGCCCACAAGGCCAUUCCUGCAAGCAGGUCUAUGCUGCUUUCUCAGUGGGUCGGAGAAAACCCCUUCAUAGCUCGGACUACUUCCAACAGGUCAUUUUUGACACUGAAUUUGUGAACCUCUACAAGCACUUCAACAUGUUCUCGGGGAAGUUCUUCUGCUAUGUGGCAGGAAUCUACUACUUCAGCCUCAACGUCCACACUUGGAACUUCAAGGAGACCUACCUGCACUUGAUGAAGAAUGAGAAAGAGGUGGCCAUCCUCUACGCCCAGCCCAGUGAUCGGAGCAUCAUGCAGAGCCAGAGCCUGAUGCUGGACCUGCAGGAAGGAGAGGAGGUCUGGGUGAGGAUGUUCAAACGGGAACGAGAAAAUGCCAUCUACAGUGAGGAGUCUGAUGUUUACAUCAUCUUCAAUGGCCACUUAAUCAAGCCAGCCAUAGAGUAG